UGGGCCCCGCAGCAUCCACCGCGCACGUGCCACUAGCGGGGAAGACCCUUCAACCGCAAAAAGUUCAACCAGCCUUUUUCAACUUUUCCAGCGACAAGGUGGAGUUUGAAGUGGCAGAAAAGCUAAGGAAUCGCCAGCGACCAGGCAACCGACAUCCUAGACACUGCUGGCUGGCAGAGACCACAGCUUCAUUUUUGUCUCUUUUCAAAACAGGGACGAGGCGACAACUAUGCUGAUUCGGCAACCCUCUGGUAAAUCCCCACGCCACGCAAAAGGUUAACGCGCCCUUGACCACGAUCAAUUUGAUCUUGUCCGGUUCGCCUCCCUGAACCAACCUUCCUCCGAACAGCACCUACCUCCUCAAACCCGGUGUCGUCAACCGGUUAUUCGAAAAGAGACCUUGACCUCUCUCACAAAAAUGACGACCAAUACCCCCCUCUCGCGCCUGGCCUAUGCGCCAACUGUGGCUUCGUCGCCAAUCAAGCCGAUCCUGAGAAAACCAACAGCAUCCGUACUGGGCACACGAUCCCGCGCCGACGAUUCAGAUGGAGCCGAUGAGGAGGAGCACCCUAUGAAAAGGCAGAAGAAGACGGUCGUUUUCAAUGAGAACUUGAAUAUGGUUAGGGAGAUCAGCGGCAAGAGCUUUGAAGACGCCAAGCGUGAGGUCAGACAGGCCCUCGAGGGCAAGGCCCGCGGUGACGAACAAGACUACGACAACCUCAAGGACCUGUUUGCGCCGAGCAACAGGAACAGCAGUCCCGACGAGGAUGAGGAGGACCCAAGGCACCAGGAGCUGUUGGGUUACGUGGUCGCCUUGACUGGCUAUGUACCGAUGCUUGGGCGUUCAUGCACAGGUCUUGUUCGAAGUGUUCUUCGGUGCUCUUGGCUUGAUAGGGACGAGAACUUCGCCAAGGCCUAUAUUCAGCUGCUGGCUGCGCUUUCGUCAGUGCAAGCGUCGUUUUUCGCCGAGAUUCUCAGGAUGAUGGUUGAAAAGUUCCUCGAGACGAAGAGUUCCUCGGCUGUGCCUGGAUUCCCGCCUGUUGACUUGGAGACGAGGAAGAAGCGGCUGCAUGCUGGAAUCAAGUACUUGCUGGAUCUGUUUCCGGCGGGGUCCAAGAUGAUUAUCAAGCUUGUUACCUCCAAGUUUCCCUACACAGAUGAGCCUAAGGCGGUCCACAUGUCGUACAUCGAUCAUCUUCUGCGACUCAAGACCUCCCGCCCCGAUCUGGAACGAGAUAUCAUGGAGCUCAUCCUCGCGCAGCUGGUGAAGCUUGAUGUGGAGAUGACACUCGAUCUCGAAAACGAUGAAGAUGAUACCACGAGGGCGGUAAUGCGAUCAAUCCAGACUGAUGCCAAGGAUGACCAGGAGGAUGACGAAAGCGACGACGAGUCGGUGAUGAGCGAUGACGAUGAUCUGCCCGAGGAGACAAAGCGGGUGAUAAAAAUCAAGAACAAGCUGGAGACACUAGAUGCGAUCAUGGACCUUGUGUUUUCCAUCUACGAUCCCAUCUUUGAGAAACCGGACAGCGAUGAGGCUGUGGCGUGUUUCGAGAAUCUUUUGAGCGAUUUCAAGAAUGUCAUUCUGCCGCAUCUCAAAUCCCGCCAUACGCAGUACUUGCUGUUCAAGUUUGCCAUGAAGUCUGAUCAACUCAUGGAGAUGUUUCUUGGCCUGCUACUCUCUGUUGCAUUCUCCUCCACCGAGGCGCCAGUCAUCAAACAGGCUGCGGCAGCGUAUCUCGCAAGCUUUACUGCUCGUGGUGCCAGAGUUCAGAGCCACACUGUGCAGCUGAUUGUGUCUUGUCUUUUGGACUACAUUGACUACUAUCGGGAGACGCACAGGCACUGUCGUGGUCCGGACGUGCGGCGGUACUCAUUAUACUACGCCUCUUUCCAAGGGCUGCUCUACAUCUUUUGCUUCCGGUGGAGAGAUCUCCUCGACCAGGGUGCACUCCCAGACAACGUUGACUGGGACGAUCCGGCGUCGUUCCUCGGACAAGAUCUGCCCUGGAUGCCAGAUCUCAAAAAGAGAAUGCACGCCAAUAUUGCCAGCAAGCUCAAUCCCCUCAAAUGCUGCUCCCCCGUCAUCGUCGAAGAAUUCGCCCAACUUGCUCACCACCUUGGGCUGAUGUACAUCUACCCCCAAAUCGAAAAAAACAAGAGCAUCCACCUCUCGCAGUUUUACACUGGGAGUUAUGCCCAAGGCGGCGCGCUGAGGGACACGGGGUUUGAGUUUGAUAAUGAGAAGUGGACGCAUUUGGAGGCUUGUUUCCCGUUUGAUCCAUUUCAGCUGCCUAUCGCGAGAAGGUGGUUAGAUCUGGAGAAUAACUAUGUUACUUGGUCGCCGAUUAGUGUGUUGAGGAAGCAGGGGGGGGAGGCUACUGAUGAGGAUGAAGAGGAGGAGGAUAGUGAUGAGGAGGGGAGUGAGGAGGAGAGUGAGAUGGGGGAGGAGGAGUUGGAGGAUAGGGAGGAGUUGUUUGAGGAGGAUACGGCUACUGAUGAUGAGAGGGCGGAUUAAGAGGCGAGAUGUGAAGCGGUGGUAUGCAUGGACCUGGCGUUGGGGAGGGUGCUUUUGUGCACCAAAGUAGUCUUUUUCGAUAUGGGAUAUGGUGGGGGGUUAUUGCUCUUUUUUUUUCGGAAGGGAGGGAGGGGGCGCAUCAUGGGAUUAGCAUCGGAAGCGGCGUUAUUGAUAUUGUAUGUUUUUGUUGUCUUUUUUCCUUUUCUUGUUUGGUGAUAGACUGUUGGUUUCGGUCAUCAUGGAGCGAACUGUAGCUGGAGUGAAUAGAGCUUGUUGAGGUGCCUUGUUGUUGUGGUUGUUGUUGUUGUUGUGAGGAGGGUACAGUUAGAAUAUCCGUACGUAGAAUGAUGACAUUGUUCUACUUGGAG